GCAUCCUGCCUCAUCCCACCUCGGGACACAGGUGGGACCCCCUUCCAGUCCUGAACCCCAGGCGCGGGGCCACCCAGGACUGCGCAACAGGGCGCAGAAGGUUGGGUGACCCGGCGGCCGAUUGGGGCGGCACCUGAGGAGAGCCACGCAACUUCUCCCGGCCUCCUGCCACUUUGGAAACUGCCUGGGACUACGACAUCAACCCCUUAAGCUCCGGAGCCCGAGCCGGAGAGAGAGAGGGUGGGUUGGUUUGAGAGACCUAAGAGGAAAAAAAUGUGUCGUGGGGCGGGCUUAGUUUCCCACCCUCUUCCCCCUUCCCGAGCAAAUUAAAAACAAAACAAACAGAAAAGCCAGCUCGCCAGCCAACCAAAGCCCCGAGCCGAGCCCCAGCCGAAGCACUCAUUUAAAAGGAUUUGCAGUGCUGAGGGAGAAACCAGAUCGGACCAAGGAAUCUUUCUGCAAACCCAGGUCUGCAAGGUCUACGGGACUGCCAGGUCUCUGAUGACAUCAGCAUUGCCGUUUGGUGUCAGAGUUCAUUCCAUUUCACCCGUUGACAACCUUGUCCCAGCGUCUGCCUGAUAUCCAGUUCGGUGCAUCUCUCUGAAGUAAGAUGAUUUGCCAGAAAUUCUGUGUGGUCUUGGUACACUGGGUGUUUCUUUAUGUGAUAGCUGCACUUAACCUGGUACAUCCGGCCUCUCCCUGGAGAUUUAAGUUGUUCUGUGCACCACCAAACACAACCGACAACUCCCUUCCCUCACCCGCUGCGAUCGCCAAGAACGCCUCCGCCCUGCGUGAGGGCUCUGAAGCCGUUGUUGAAGCUAAAUUUAAUUCCACUGGUAUCUACGUUUCUGAGUUAUCCAAGACAGUUUUCCAUUGUUGCUUUGGGAAUGAACAAAGGAAACGCUGCUCCGUGCUCACUGACAACAGUGAAGGGAAGACGCUGGCUUCAGCGGUGAAGGCUUCAGUUUUUCGCCGGCUGGGUGUAAACUGGGACAUAGAGUGCUGGAUGAAAGGGGACUUGACGUUAUUCAUCUGUCAUAUGGAGCCAUCACUUAAGAACCCCUUCAAGAAUUAUGACUCUAAGGUCCAUGUUUUAUAUGAUCUGCCUGAAGUCGUAGAUUAUUUGUCUCUGGCCCCACUGAAAGACAGUUUUCAGACUGUCCAGUGUAACUGCAAUGUCCAGGAGUGUAAAUGCCAUGUGCCGGUACCAAGAGCCAAACUCAACUACUCUAUUCUGAUGUAUUUGGAAAUCACAUCUGCUGGUGUGAGUUUUCAGUCACCUCUAAUGUCAGUGCAGCCCAUGCUUGUUGUGAAGCCUGAUCCACCAGUAGGUUUACGUAUGGAAAUCACAGACGAUGGUAAUUUAAAGAUUUCUUGGAACAGCCCAACAGUGGCACCGUUUCCACUUCAAUAUCAAGUGAAAUAUUCAGAGAAUUCAACAAUUAAAAGAGAGGCUGCUGAAAUUGUCUCAGCGGCAUCCCUGUUGGUAAACAACGUGCUUCCUGGAUCUUCCUAUGAGGUCCAGGUGAGGAGCAAGAGACUGGAUGGCUCAGGAAUCUGGAGUGACUGGAGUUCACCUCAGGUCUUUACCACACAAGACGUCAUGUACUUCCCACCCAAAAUUCUGACAAGCGUUGGGUCGAAUGCUUCCUUUCACUGCAUCUACAGAAAGGACAGCCAGAUUAUCUCCUCAAAGCAGAUAGUCUGGUGGAUGAAUCUGGCUGAGAAAAUCCCUGAGAAACAGUACAGCAUUGUGAGUGACCACAUUAGCAGAGUGACGUUUUCCAACUUGAAAGCCACCAGACCUCGCGGGAAGUUCACGUAUGACGCAGUAUACUGCUGCAAUGAGCAAGAGUGCCAUCACCGCUAUGCCGAAUUAUACGUGAUUGAUGUCAAUAUCAAUCUAUCAUGUGAAACUGAUGGGUACUUAACUAAAAUGACUUGCAGAUGGUCAGCCAGCACAAUCCAAUCACUUGUGGGAAGCACUGUGGAGUUGAGGUAUCACAGGAGCAGCCUGUAUUGUUCGGAUAGUCCAUCUCUUCAGCCUACGUCCGAACCCAAAAACUGCACCUUGCAGAGGGAUGGCUUUUAUGAAUGUGUUUUCCAGCCAAUCUUUCUAUUGUCUGGCUAUACAAUGUGGAUCAGGAUCAAUCAUUCCCUAGGUUCACUUGAGUCUCCGCCCACGUGUGUCCUUCCUGACUCUGUAGUAAAACCGUUACCUCCAUCUAGUGUGAAAGCAGAAAUUACUGUAAACAUUGGAUUACUGAAAAUAUCUUGGGAAAAGCCAGUCUUUCCAGAGAAUAACCUUCAGUUCCAGAUUCGAUAUGGCUUAAACGGAAAAGAAAUACAAUGGAAGAUACACGAGGUAUUCGAUGUAAAAUCCAAGUCAGCCAGCCUGCCGGUGCUGGACCUCUGUGCGGUCUAUGUGGCACAGGUGCGCUGCAGGCGGUCGGAUGGACUGGGGUACUGGAGCAACUGGAGCAGGCCAGCCUACACGCGCGUCAUGGAUGUGAAAGCUCCCCUGAGAGGACCUGAAGUUUGGAGACUAAUGGAUGGCGAUGUUACUAAAAAGGAGAGAAAUGUCACCUUGCUUUGGAAGCCCCUGAGGAGAAACGACUCAAUGUGCAGCGUGAGCAGGUACGUGGUGCAGCACCGGACCGCCCACAACGGGACGUGGUCAGAAGACGCGGGCAAUCAGACCAACCUCACUUUCCUGUGGGCAGAGCAGGCGCACGCGGUUACAGUUCUGGCCAUCAAUUCCAUCGGCGCCUCCCUUGCAAAUUUUAACCUGACAUUCUCACGGCCCAUGAGUAAAGUGAAUGCUGUGCAGUCACUCAGUGCUUACCCCCUGAGCAGCACCUGUGUGGUCCUGUCCUGGACACUAUCACCUGGUGGUUACAACCUACUGUACCUGAUUAUUGAAUGGAAGAAUCUUAAUGAAGAUGAUGGAAUGAAAUGGCUUCGAAUCCCUUCGAACGUUAAGAAGUAUUAUAUCCAUGAUAAUUUCAUUCCCAUUGAGAAGUAUCAGUUUACUCUUUACCCAGUAUUUAUGGAAGGAAUUGGAAAACCAAAGAUAAUUAAUGGUUUCACCGAAGAUGAUGUUGACAAGCAGAAGAAUGACGCCGGGCUGUAUGUGAUUGUGCCCAUAAUUAUUUCCUGUUGUGUCCUGCUGCUUGGAACACUGUUAAUCUCACACCAGAGAAUGAAAAAAUUGUUUUGGGAAGAUGUUCCAAACCCCAAGAAUUGUUCCUGGGCACAAGGACUUAAUUUCCAAAAGAGAACGGACAUUCUUUGAAGUCUCUCAUGACCACUACAGAUGAACCCAAUCUACCAACUUCCCAACAGUCCAUAGAGUAUUAGAAGAUGUUUACAUUUUGGAGGGAAGCAAACCUAAACUAUUGUUUGAAUUACUAAGAAGUGAUAUAUGAUGAGCUUAGUUGAGAAGUGUGCAUAUGUGGUCACAGUGCAGUUCUGUUGGAACAUAUGUUUGAUUUUCAGGCCAUUGACCAUUUAAAAUUAAUACUCAUGGUCUCUACUUUUGAUUUUUUUUUUAUUUUUAUAUUCCGGGUCAUAAAAUGCUAAUGGUGUGACUGUUGCUGUCAGAACCUAUUUUGUUACCUAUCACCAAAUAUCAUGGAUAAUGCUGUAACUCAAGUGAUCUCUAGCAGGCAACUUCUGACAUACAGCUUUAGCAAAAAGUCCACAUACAAACUGCAGGGACGGUAUUCAGCUUUAAUUUCUGUGUGUGAAAGCUUCCAUAUUAAAUUUCUUUAUCAACGCAAAUUGAUGAAUUUGACUGUUCUCUUGAAUAACAUGGCUUGUGUGUAUCAAACUUGGAACAAUGUAGGAGUUUCAGUUUUCUAUAGUCUUGAAAAUGGCUUAAGUUCUAACUUUCACUUAUUUCAAAGAAAGCCAGAAGUUGAUCACGGGCCAGUAGAAGCUAUUAGGAAAACCAAACCCACCCGGGUAAGAUUGCUCAGAGCAGAAAAGAGGACCAGCCUCCAUAAAUCUAGUUUAUUUCCCUUGAGUCAGCCAAGGAUUCUGGAAGAAAGGGGAAUAUGAGGAGAAAGGAGACUUCCUGGAGUUUUACAGAUAGGUCAUGGUAAAGACAGGGUUUUUCUCCCAGAGAAUCAGAUGGCUUGGCAUGUCUGUAGGACGUUAAUAUACCAUGGGCUUUAUUGCUUACAUUCAAACUAAAUCAAACUGAGGGACACAAAUAACAUUCAAAUUUAAAAUAUGGGGUCACUUAGAUGUGGCUGGUAAUUUUAUUUGGAUGUUUACAUUUUUAGAAUUAAGACACUAUGGAGGCUGUAUAUUCCUUUCUCUUCUUCAUUUACUAUUAAACGACAUCAUUAUAGGAUAAAAUUUAACUGUAUACCUAUGAAGGUUAUUUUCCAACUCAUAUCAAUAGAGUGAAACAAAUUUUGAACCAAUAAACCUUUUAGAAGUUUUCAGACCACUGAUAAGAUAUAUUUCAAUAUUAUGUGGUUAAACAUUCUUUUAGUGAAACCUUCCAUAUGAAUGUGUUUUUAGAUGGCCAUGACCUGUUCCUCAACUAGUUACUCAUUACGAAGCUUUGAGCACCGUUGAGUACAUGAAACAGAGCAUUUGGAGAACACAUGUGUGCUUGACCCCAUACCAUGUAUUAUUUCUAUUUUUCCAUAUCUAUAGAAAGAAGAUAAUGAAAUGAGUGGAUUAGAUGCUGAGCUCAUUUAAAAUUUUAGAACAACUCAGACAUAUAAGUAGUAGAAACAUUAAAGGAAAAAUAAAAUGUUUGAAGAAAAAUCACAAAUGUAUAGAUUCUGUCAGAAACAAAGUGGGAGUGGAUCAAUUUUCUCAUCAUAUACCAUUUAGUGACAGUAUUUUUCAUCAUUCAGUAUUUUAACGCUGACAUAGGUCUAUGCCAUUAUUAUUAUAUUUAGUGUUUGGUAUAUUUAUUCAUUUAUGGUUUUAAUCACUAAUAUAUUUCAGUUAAGAAUUUGCAACUGCUCUGUUUUUCUCUGAGAUACACUUGCCAUUGUGAAGAACAUCUGGGUACACCACUAUCUCAGGCAAUAACUCAGAAUUCAUUUUACUAGCUUAAAAACUGUAACAUUCAGAAGCUAAAUUAAAUGUAUGAUCUAUGAACCAAAACACAUUUUCUGUUUGGUUGUGUUAACUAUUCAAUGUGGUGUAUCUGCAGUAUUUUUUAUUUCACAUUGUAUUUUAAUGUGUUUACAUUGUUUGUACUGAGCUUUUUGCACACAGAUUUUUGAUUUGUAGCUGCUUGGCAAGAUUUCAUUGUGAUGUAACCCUUGUUCUUAUAAAAAAAAAAUCAUGUUGUACAUUU